AUGGCCAAAAGGAUUUCUAAGAAGACAAAGAAGAUUAAGAAAAGACAGCUUGUUAUUCCAAUGCAAUCUUCUGAAGAAGAAGAAGUGCCUAAAACUCCUAAAGCUACUCCUAUCAUAGAACCUUCAUCUCCUGAGAAGACUACGGUCAUACCUCCCGAAGAUUCGUCUGCCAAAUCAUUUCAUGAGGAGGUACGAACUUCAUACAUCACUACACGUGUAUCUGAGACAGAUGUAAAUGUCAACAUGGGUGAAGGAGAUUUGCAUCAAGAAGAACCAAAAUCUUCCCAAGGUACUCCGGUUGUUCUUCCUAUCAAAACUGUUUCUAGUGCUUUUGUUUCUUUACCUCCAUAUAUCAUACCUACCACUUCAACCACCGAGUCACCUACUUUUGAAAACAUUAUCAAUCAACCUUUCACCUCUAUUUUGUCAUCCCAAUCAACUGAUCCACCAAGAUCAAUGGAAGAAUCUAAAAAUGAAAGAGGUUUUGGAGGAACUUUCGAAACCUUAGAAUUUGAUGACGAAGAAGAAGACUUUCCUGACCAUAUGCUCAUGUCCAUGAAGCAGUUUAAAAUUAUGAAUAAAAAGAUGAAUUCCAUUAUUCAGUCUCAAGCAGAUAUGGGGGGAAGUAGUUCAGUUUCUAGUUUUGAACUUGAUGGUCUGAUGAAAGCAUUUGAAGCCCGAAUGGUGAGUAAAGUGUCUGGCAUGCUUAAAGACACAGAGUCAAGAAUUUUAGAGAAGUUGGAUCAUACUGAUCAAAAAACUGAGUUACGAGUGAAUUCUCUUUAUUCAAAAUUUGUGGGGGCAGUAAAGGAAUUCAAAAAUGUUCAAAAAGAAAGACAUACAUUAUUUGUUCUUGAUGUGAUAAAGGUUCGAGAAGAUGUAAAUUUUAAGCUUCAAGAGCUUCGUGAUGAUAUGGUCAAAGAGGUUGAUAGUGUCAAAAAAGACUAUGCAACUCGACAAAAGAAGGUGGAUAUUAUUUGUGAUGCAGUCAUAAAGUAUGCCAAGUUGUACGAAAGUUUGAGUCCUCAAAUUAGUCAACUUUCUACAAGUGAUAGUCAACAGUUUGGGGGAGGUUCUUUCAUUAUUAAAGGAAAUAAAAGACUUGGUGCUCAAGCCUGCUUCGUAUUUGAUUAUUACCCCGAAGUUCCUAUCUUAAAAAAUUUCUCAGUUUGA